CCCUAGCGCCCAGUACUGAAACGAUGCAAUUUCUUACAAGGCAAACUCGUUUCUUAAAUUUGUUGAGUGCAAUGCGUCGUAUCAGAUUUCUAUCAAGUCCUUCGUCAUUCUUAUACUGUCACGAAAAGUAUAAGGUGACUGACGAAAUGAAGUCAGCAUUCAACCGAGAUGGCUACAUCAUUGUCAGAAAUGUAUUGGAUCACGAAGAGAUUUCUAAGUUGGGUGAUGCUCUUGAAACUGACGGUGGGAUCAUGCAACACGCUUAUUUUGUAAACGAUGGUCGAGGUCGUCGCAGUAAGCUUUGCAUCUGGAGUCAUCCUGGUCAUGAUAUCACUGGUAUGGUGGCUCGCUCGGAGAAAGUAGCCGGAACGAUGGAACAGUUGUUGGGUGGUGAAGUGUAUCAUUAUCAUACGAAACUGAUGAUGAAGGAGGCGUUCACUGGAGGAUCAUUUGUGUGGCAUCAAGAUUAUGGGUAUUGGUACAUGAAUGGUUGUCUGUAUCCAGACAUGGGCACCGCAUUUAUAGCCAUCGAUCGAUGCGAUCAAGAGAACGGCUGCAUGCAGGUGCUUCGUGGGUCUAACCAUCUCGGACGUCUUAAUCAUGGUCGUGUCGGUGGCCAAACUGGGGCUGACGCCGAUCGAGUUUCAGAUAUCUUGAAGGUGCUCCCUGUUGACGAUGCAGUUCUCGAUCCUGGAGACACAUUGUUCUUUCAUUCAAAUCUUCUUCACAAAAGCAACAGAAAUGAUAGCGCACACAGGCGUUGGGCAUUUCUCAUUGCUUACAAUCGAGCCAGCAACAACCCAACGAUCGAGCACCAUCAUCCAAGAUACACACCACUAGAGAAGGUCGAAGACGUCGAAGUGAGAAAGUGUUCCAACUACAGUGACAUGACAGGAAAAGACUUCAUGGAUCCGAACACUGAUCAGACAGCCGAGGGCAAGAAAUAACAUCCAUUGAAUGAAAUUUGAUUUUUUUCUGUUUUUAGAGUGAAGCUGUUAGUUUGUCUAUUUUGUUCUCUUUUUGAAGUUUUGUAUAUUUGAUGUAAAUGCAAGUAUAAAACAAUUGA